AUGUUAGUGAACAAAUCCACUUUAUUAUCAUUGGAUGCAUUUUCUAAGACUCAAGAAGAUGUUCGAAUUAGAACCAAGACCGGAGCAAUAAUAAGUAUCUCAUGUAUACUGGUAACGGUCCUGCUUCUUUUGAAUGAAUGGAUUCAAUAUAGUCAGAUUGUUACUAGACCAACGUUAGUGGUAGAUCGUGAAAGAAAUUUGAAAUUAGAUUUGAAUUUAGAUAUUAGUUUCCCAUCUAUGCCCUGUGAUAUCUUGAAUUUAGAUAUUUUGGAUGAUGCAGGUGAUUUACAACUGGAUAUUUUAAAUCAGGGGCAAUUUACAAAGACAAGAUUGGACCGUAUGGGGAAUGUCAUUGAAGUGUCGAAAUUUAAAAUCGAUGAUGAUGUGGCUGAAUUUCCUCCUAAUGAUGAAAACUAUUGUGGUCCUUGUUAUGGAUCUAUUGAUCAAUCUGGCAAUGACAAAAUUGAAAGUGUAAAGGAUAAAAUUUGUUGUCAAACUUGUGAACAAGUUCGUGAAGCUUAUUUGAAGGCUGGGUGGGCAUUUUUUGAUGGGAAAAAUAUUGAACAAUGUGAAAGAGAAGGUUAUGUCACUAAGAUUAAUAAGCAUUUAAAUGAAGGUUGUAGGGUGAAGGGGAAUGUUCUUUUAAAUAGAAUUCAAGGAAAUAUUCAUUUCGCACCGGGGAAGGCAUUUCAAAAUGUCAAGGGUCAUUUCCAUGAUAGUUCACUUUAUGAAACUUCACCUGAUUUAAAUUUCAAUCAUAUUAUCCAUCAUUUAAGUUUUGGUAAAACAAUUGAACAAUUAGCACAAUUAAGAGGUGCCACAGUGGCGACAUCUCCAUUAGAUGGUCAACAAAUUUCUCCCUCAUUCGAUUCUCAUUUAUAUAGAUACUCAUAUUUUGUCAAGAUUGUACCUACAAGGUAUGAAUAUCUUGAUAAGAUGAUAUCUGAAACUGCCCAAUUUAGUGCUACUUUUCACCAAAGUUUAGUGACAGGUGAGAGAGAUCCAGAAAAUCCAAAUAUUAAGUAUUCAAGAACUGGAUUACCUGGAUUAUUCAUUUAUUUCGAAAUGUCCCCAUUGAAAAUUAUUAAUACAGAACAACAUUUCAAAUCAUGGUCUGGUGUCUUUUUACAUUGUAUUACCAGUAUUGGUGGUAUAUUAGCUGUAGGGACAAUUCUAGAUAAGUUUUUCUAUAAGGCUCAAAGAACUGUCAUAAAUAGGAAGAGCACUAACUAA